GCUAAAAUGCAUCCACAUGGCCUCACGUGCAUCUGGAAUGGGAUAUCUGCACUACUUGACUGUGUUCUGGGUCCUGUAUAGCCAGGUCCCUGCUGGUGUUAGACACACGUGCCUUUAAGGGCCCUCUUCCCAAGGGCUGUCUCAGGAGCUUUCCUGCUUCUCUCCCCUCAGUGCUCAGGAGAUGAACCUUCUCUGAAGUGUUGACUCUGCUCUGCUCAUCCUUCUGAGAAGCCUCACUGUGCUGACAUCCCAGCAUCUUCUCCACUGGACCUUGUCACAGCUCUGAGAGUGUCCCAUUCUCUGCUGGCAUGAAAACUUCCUCAAAGAGCCAACCGGUGAGGUGCCAACUCAGGUCUGCUCACCAGUUGUUAGGCAGACCCAGACUACCUGUACUGCAUGCGACCAGAGGCUGAUGCCCUUCCAGACACUCUUGGUUGUGCAGUAGCAGGGAAAGUGCCAGGCAGGUAUACCUGUCUCUCCUGGAUGCUGAGAUUUAAGACCCAGAAAUCUGCCAUGGCUCCUUAUCACAUCCGCCAGUACCAGGACAAUGACCAGAAAAGUGUCCUGGAUUUGUUCAUAAGAGGAAUGGAAGAACACAUCCCUGCCACCUUCCGCCACAUGCUGACUCUGCCAAGGACCUUCCUUCUCUUACUUGGGUUGCCGCUUGCCAUGAUCCUGGUGUCUGGCUCCUGGCUGCUAGCUGCUAUGAGCAUUUUCUUUGUGCUUCUUCUCAUGAAGCUCCUUGCAAGACAGCCGUGGAAGAGAUACGUGGCCAAGUGUUUGCACACAGACAUGGCUGACAUCACCAAGUCCUACAUGAAUGCACGUGGCUCCUGCUUCUGGGUGGCUGAGUCUGGGGGAGAGCUGGUGGGCAUUGUGGGUGGUCUACCAGUCAAGGAUCCCCCAUUAGGGAGGAAGCAGCUGGAGCUCUUUCACCUGUCUGUAUCCUCACAGCAUCGAGGACAGGGGAUUGCGAAAGCACUGAUCAGAACUCUCCUCCAGUUUGCACGGGACCAGGGCUACAGUGAUGUCGUCCUUGAGACCAGCAUCUUACCCAAAGGCGCUCAGGCUCUUUACAUGAGUAUGGGCUUCCAGAAGACAGGACAGUACUUCAUAAGUGUGUUCUGGAGCACUCAGGGUUGGAGAGAGAGUUCAGCUCUGUGCACAGCUGUGGGGUGUCUUCAUAGUGGAGAGACCAGGCUCCCCUCAACCAACAGUCUCAGACUUGAUUCCUCCGUAAUGAGACCAGCAGUGUACAACUUCCGAUGAGAGGCCAAAGGAGGAAGUGUGAUGUGGUCUGAAGACAUUACUACUGAUUGUACUCAUGAAUACUGUGCCAAAUAAUCCUGAAUAAACCAACAGAGUCCUGAAAGACAGGGCUAUCUUUAAAAAAUCUCAACUUUGAUCCCUUUUUUUUUUUAAUCAUUUUUAAAAAGAUAGUUUUAAGAGACAAGGCACCUACAGGCAUUGUAGAGAGACAUGCCAUGAUGUGAAUAUCUUAUUUCAAAUACUUUAAGGGGCACAUGCAGGCAGGUAAAUGGAAGAGCCCCAGAGAGCAGGCAGAAAGCUGUAGGUAGUGGUGAACUUGUAUGAAAGGCACAAGACAUACCAUUAAGUGUUUCAUUUCUGUUUUAUUCUGUAGCUUUUUUCAUCAGGGGGACAAUAAUCUUUUUGAGACCCUCUCUAGCUACAUAGCCCAGAUUGGCCUCAAAGUCUCAAUCCUCCAUUUUACCAGGCUUCUGAAUACUAGAAUUACAGGUGUCUUCGACCAUUCCUAGUUUGAAAUUGAUUUUGAAGUCAAGAAAGAGCAAACCCGUUUCCUUCCUCUAGUAUCCUAGAGCUACAGUGAAGACUAAACCACACACAUAGCACACCUAGCAUGAGCAGGGAGCACAGGAGCCUGCAGGUAACCUGAGCAGGUGUUGGAGUCCCUAGGACUCUCACUUGUCAGCAUGUACCGGCACCACACUGCUUAUUUUAAAGACUUGUUUUAUAUGAGGUGAACAAGUGUUCUGCUUCCAUCUAUGUAUGUAUGUGGACUGUGCAUGUGUGCCUGGUGGUGCAGUGAGAAGAGGAAUUCAGCUCCUUGGCACUGGAGUUACAGAAGAUUGUAAGGUGCCAUGUGGGCUCACACCUGCCUGCAUCUCCAGGAGACCUGAUGCCCUCAUCUGGCCUCUGCCAGCAUCUGCACACACCAAGGCAUUAACUCACAGACACACAAAGAAAAACAACAUAAACUUCACAGUAAAUGCAAGACUGAGAGUAAUCAUUUUUUUAAAUACUAUUCUUUGUUUCAAACCUUUAUACAGUGAACAUAUGUUAAGUUUACAACCAGGGAUGGAAAAAGUUAAUGUUUUUAUAACAUUGAGAUUUUCAGAGAUUUCACAAAACUUCUUGUUGACAUUCUACAAAUGACAUCAUCAAAUAAUUUCUCAAUACCGUCUUCUGUGAUGAGAGUUUAUAUAUUUGUGAGAAGAAAUGGUACUUUAUGGCUUACUGAUAUAUUUAUGUGCUAAUUGUUUUAUACAAGCAUCUGUAUGUGAAAUCAUUUAACCAUUCAGUUAAUGGUAUAAAGUUAAAAAGUGGUCAAAAUGCUCAAAAGAGAGCCAGCAAGACAGCUCAGCAGGUGAUCGUGACUGCUGCCACGCCUGAUCACCUAUUCCUGUGACUCACGUGGUAGAAGGAAAGGGUCUGGCAAGUUGUAGUCCACAUCUACACCUGGACUCUAGUGCACAAAUGCCCAAGGAUACACAUAUAAUAAAUAUAAUAUACUAUAAAUGAUAGAUAAAUAAGUGUAAGUUAAAAGUAUUCAAAGCAGGUGGCAUCCAUUACUCAUCCAAAUGUUCUAUUUGUUAUGAACAGUUAGGAUCAUAAGAAACUGAAUUCUCUGAACACAAACCAGAUCCUUGACUACACAGUGAGUCUGAGGUGAGCUUGUCUACCUCAAUUUCUGUCUCAAAAACAACAAACACUGUAUUUGAUUCCAUGUUAAAACACGGUUAGAUGUGCCAACUUCAAACCACAUUCUGCAAGUACUUUAUAAAUUUAAUAUUUAUUUAUUUAUUUUUAAAGAUAUAUAUGUUUUAAUUUACAUGUAUGAGUGUUGUUUUGCCCGCAUUUAUGUGUGUAUACCAUAAGUGUGCCUACUGUGCCCAUGAAGGGCAAAUGAGGGUGUCAGAUUCCCUAGAACUGGGUUUAUGGAUAGUUAUGUAUAGAAACUCCUUCAGCUAGUAGCAUCUAAGUUAUCAGCCUACUUGGGCAUGGCCUCUUAUACUAUAAAUGCCCAUGUAAAGCACACACUCCCUCUCUCUCUCCUGGCUCCAGGAUUCGGUUGCUGUUUCCUGUUCGAGCAAAGCACUGUGAGCUGUGAGUCUACCCCUAAAUCAAUAACCCUUUAUUGUACUCAAUUCUGAGCUAGUGUGGGAUUUCUUUUCAGCAUCCGUCUUCAUCUGGUGCCCCACAUGGAUCCCAAAUCCACACCUACAAGGUGGACCAGUCUAAAAGUCCCAAACGGUCCAUGGCCCAGAAGGUCUCCUACCCCCGCCCGCCUGUCUUGCUUUCACCUACUAAGUUUUUUUUUGUUGUUGUUGUUGUUUUGCUUGUUUGUUUGUUUUGUAAAACCCACAACAGUGGAGCUAAACUCAGUGACUUGGAUAUUUCCCAGGCUGGCAGGCACACAUUUUCCCUCUCCACUGCUGCAUUCCCUGCCAUACAGCAACUUGUGAAACUUCCAGUUUGUAUUCCCUUCUGGUGAGGUCUGGGCUCCUUGCUCCAUGUAUGGAAUUGAUUUAACCGAUUUUAAUUUGUCUAGCAAAGCAUAUUUGUUAGUAUUUAACCAGGCCUAAAGGUGAAAAACCAAAGCAGCACAGGACUGCCCAUGCCACCACCAGUCGUGACUCUUCGCCAUGUGGCUGCAACCACAACAUCUACUGGACAAUAAAGAUUAUUACACCUAAAACAAUGUACCGAAUCUCAUAACAAAGACUGAGGCUUUCCAACUGCUGGGAAAAGGAUCUGCUGAUACUUGUGCCUGGAAACACAGAAGAGUUCAGUGUCAGGAUCCUGAAGAGGAAACAAAGACCUCAGAACAACAUAGUUUCCCAGCGUACCCCAAUAUCCAAGGUGA